UGGUCCAUGAAAUCAAGCAAAACAUCGGUGUGGUCGUUCUCAGGUUUCUCUCUGCUAUUAUAUUAUCUUAAAAUAAACAAACGGAUUACUGAUAUUGAAUUUUAUUGGCGUUGAUUUGAUAAUCAAAAAUGUAUAAUUUAAUAUGUACGAGUGGAUACUAUAGUGUCUAUAAUGAAAGGCAAAUGAAGAAAAGAUGUAUUAAAAAAUCAUACAUUAUUGCAACUAAUAAAAGCAAAUUCAGCUUGCAACAGAUUGCAAACAAUUUAAACAAGAAAAUUCCAAAAGUAAGGUUAACAACUUUAUCAAUAGCAGAUUUAUUGCUAGCUGUUAAUUCCAAUGCUAUAUUAAAUAUUGGGACAUUAAAUGUGAAAUCUAAAAUUGAAGAAGACAUUUGCGUUCCGUCAAACAAUAACUAUGAUACUGAACAGUGUAAUACAAACCAAAGUUUUGAUUUGAUGUUUUGUGACAAUACAAAUGACAUAGAGAAUAUAAAAGGUUCUGCGUAUUUGACUGAAGAUGUUCUUUCUAUCAAUGAGAAACCUAAUACAUUAAUUGAUAGUAGCAACAACGUAAUGAGUGAUUUAUUGCUAACUGCCAAUUCUAAUACUGCGUUAAAUAUUGGGAUAUCAAAUGUGAAUAACGAUAUCAAAGAUAAUUCGACAAUAUUAAACAAGCCCUCUGAUGUAACAGAGAACGUUGAAUGUGAUGAAGUUGACUCUACUUUUAUAAUUUAUGAAAACGCAAAUGUCGUUGACAAAUUUAAAAGUCCUAAAAAAUCUUUCAAGAUUUUAUCAGAAGUACCAAAUGUGAAUAAUAUAUUAGUAAAAGAGACAACACUUCCAAUGCUUACAGAGAAGACUGACAAUAUUCCAUACAACAAUAUGCGGCUGAGUAAUAAAUAUAGUAUCAUUAAUAACAAUAAUGCUUCUUUAAAUGCAAAUGAGACUUACAUUCUCGAUAAUAGUUCAACUGGUACAUUAGCUCCACCUGCGGAAUUUACAUUCAUAGAGAAUCAGUUAAAAUCAAAUUAUGAAAUUAACGAUAAUAAUACUGACAAUGAGUCUGAUACUUCUUUUACAUCUAAAAAUAGUUUUGAUGAUAGUUUUCAUACAUCAGAUUGCUCUAUGUUUGAAGACACAGAUGAAGAUCAAACUGAAAAUACACGUGAAUAUAUAACUAAUACAAGCAAAAGUAAAACUGUGAACAGUACAUUAAAUUUGACAUCAUGCUUAUCUAAAGUAGCUGUAUGGGAUGAUAGAAAUAUGUAUGUGGAAACUUCUAACAAUCCUAAAUCGAAAAAAUUAAGUAUGUGCCCAUAUUGUAAAAAACUUCAAACACAAUUUACAAGACACUUAGAAUGGAUACAUAAAAAUGAAGAAGAUGUGAAAAAGUUCUCUCUUUUACCUAAGGGUAAUUCAGAACGAAAGAAGAUUAUUGGUAUACUUCGACGAACAGGAAAUUUCAUAUAUAAUACAGAUUCUAACAUAAAUAAAGGAGAUUUAAUUGUAUGUCGGCGUCCAAGAACAAAUAAACAAGCAGCCGAUUUUAUUCCUUGUGCAAAAUGUAAAGGUUUUUUUGCUAAAAACAAUAUAAGACAUCAUUUUCGUUCUUGUGUACAGAAACAAGAACCUCAACGAAAUGUAAAAUUAUUGGGACGUACUGUUGCUUGUCGUAUACAUCACAGUGCAUGUACAUUGUUAAGAAGAUUGGUAUUCCCAGUUAUGAGAGAAGACAAUAUAGCUCAAAUUAUUAGAUACGACGAGUUACUGAUUGCUUAUGGCAACAAAUUGUGUCAGAAUAAGUAUCGUCCCCAACAUCACGAUAUGAUCCGAGCGCGAUUGAGAUUACUUGGACGAUUUCUUAUUGUUUUGAGGGAUAUCGAUGACAGUGUAGUAGAUUUUACUUCAAUAUAUGAUCCAACAAAAUACGAACAAUGCAUCAAAGUUGUCAAUAAACUUGCACAAUUUGAUGAAACGACUGAGACAUAUAAAAUAUUAUCUGUUGCAUCAUCUUUGGGAAGAUACAUUAAACAAGUUGGGCAAGUUUUAAAAAGUAUAUGCAUUAAGAAACAAGAAUUUCACAAACAAACUGUGGUAGAAGAUUUUUUGAAAUUAUUUACAGAGAAUUAUCUUGCCAGUAUAAAUAAAAUGAUACUUGAAACUCAAGAGUAUAAAAAAAGGGGACAAAAAAAUAUUGUCUUGCCAUCAAUAGAUGAUAUUGAGAUGUUCAAUACUUAUCUCAAAUUUGAACGCACAAAAGCUCUACAAUUUUUACAAACAACUGGUUUCUCGAUUCAAGCAUGGCGUAUGCUAGCUGAAACAACAUUAGUAUCUAUUAUGGUAUUUAAUAGAAGACAUCCUGGUGAACUAGAGCGUAUUUUAAUUGAAAAUUUAAAAAAUUGUACAGCAAUUUCUAAAGAAGAAGCACCUGAAUUAUAUAAAUCUUUAUCCAAAUAUGUACGAAUGACAAUACGCGAUAAUUUAGGAAGACUAGUUCCUGUGUUGCUCCAUGAAGAAAUAUUAAAAUGUAUGCAAAUGAUUGUUAAUUAUCGUAAACAUGCUGGUGUUCCCGAAAAUAAUCCUUAUAUCUUUGGUAUAUAUACAAUCGACAAAAACAGAUAUAAAUAUUUAAAAGCAAGUGUAUUAAUGCGAAAACAUUCUAUAAUUUCUGGAUUGAAAAUACCAACUUCGUUACGAAAUACAAUAUUAUGGGAACAUAUUGCUACAGUAUGCAUUUCAUUAGCUAUAUCUGAACAUGAAGUGAAUGAUCUAACGGAUUUUAAGCCCCAUCACGAAAAAAUAUAUAAAUCGCAUUCUAAACAGUCCGUCAUAACAAAUUUGGCUAUAUCACGUUUAUUCAAAUACACACAAGGAGAAGAUGCAAGCGAUGAAAGCGAUAAUGUUGAUGAGGAUGAAAAUGAGAAUAAUAUGACUAAUGAUAAUAACAUACAUUCAAUUUUAAAUAUUUCUGAUACUUUAUCAGCAUUAACAAAAACAAGACAAUCUGAACAGCUGCCUAUCAAAGAGAAAGAUUUCAAUAAUCAUAUAAAUAAUAAUAUAAAGAAAAAUAAAGUGAACCGCUUUUUAGCUCCUAAAAGGAAAAUUAAUCAUAAUAGUGAAAAUAUGACCGAAUCAGACGAUGAAUUUAAUACAGAAUUAGAUUUAAAUAUUUCCAAUACUUUAUCAUUAAAAGAGACAAAGCAAUCUGAAGAAGUGUUUAGGAGAAAGAACGUAAAUAAUAAUACAGAGAGAAAUAAAAAGAAAAGUAAAGUUUUGAAUUAACAUCUUCUUUUGAUACUAUAUAACAAGAAAAAACAAGAGAUGGAUGGAUGAGGAACGCACAAUAGUUUUAUCUUUAUUCCGAACUGCCAUGGAAAAUAAAAAAUUACCAUCUAUUUAUGAAAUUAACGAAAUAAAAACCAAAUAUCCUGUAUUAAAGAACCGUACAAAUGCUUAGAUAAAAACUUGGAUACAUAACCAGAUAAAAACAAGAAGUACUUGAAACUAUUAUCAUUAAAAUUAUUCUUGUUUUCUAUUCUAUCUGCUAUUGUCAUUUUGCAUGAGAAAGAAUGUCUGAAUCUUAUUAUGGUUUGUGUUUUAUAUAUAUAUAUAUAUAUUGUGUGCAUAGAUGCAAUUUAUAUAUUGUAUCAAUAUUUUAAAAAAUUUACACCACUAAUGGCUUUUACCCCUUCAUAUAUUUUUAGCAUCGUGAAAACUGGCAGUAUUAUUUCACACAUUAUUAUUUUAAGUUACUAUCAAUAUACACAAUAUAUAAUAUAAAAAAAUGUUUGUAUUAUUUUUUUAUUGACCUUGUUGGAUUUGCCACAGUGAUAUAUCUCUUUUCAACUUUGAAUUUAAAACAUCCGAUCUGUGGGGCAUACCGUGAGUUUUGGCGAUUUGUCAAAAUUUUCAAAUAUAUGUAGGUGGUGCGACAGUCAAUGGAACUUCGGGAACAGUCGCGCCUUCUUUCAAUAUAAAUAAUUAAAAAUCUAUACUUUGGCUAAUUACCGAGUCAUAAAUAUUU